AUUGGUAGCUACCACCACCUUCCAUUCUGAAUCACAAUCGCAAUGUACUCAGGUGGUCUCAUUUCAUGGCCAUAGCACCAUUGUUCUGCUGUAGUAAAGCUUUAUUCUUGUGGAUUUGGGCUUGGAGAUGACUAAUUUGCUGUAAACUGGGAAGUGUUUCGAUGAAGAGUGCGCGAGAGCUGCGCGCGCUCGGCAGCAUCAUCAUCAUCAGCAGCAGCAGCCUCGAGCUCAAAUUCAGCACAGCUCACAUCUCAGAGCAUCAUCUCCUCGCAUCCAGACAGAAAAGACGUGUGCGAAAGUUUGUCGAUAAGUGGGGAUACAUCCUUUGGAGAAUGAUGUGGGGUGGAAGAGGAGCAGCUUGGCUUUGUAUUUGGGCCUGUUUACUGGUGUCCAGCGUUCUGGCUGGAAAAAGCUCCAGUCAAAGCGCAGAAGAGCAGAAAGACAACACCACAGUUUUCACCAGGAUUCUGGACAGCCUCCUGGAUGGCUACGACAACCGUCUCAGGCCUGGGCUCGGAGAGCGUGUAACCGAAGUCAAGACUGACAUUUUCGUGACGAGUAUUGGGCCGGUCUCGGACCAUGACAUGGAGUACACCAUCGAUGUGUUCUUCAGGCAGAGCUGGAAGGACGAGAGGCUGAAGUUCAAAGGUCCCAUGGCAGUGCUCCGUCUCAACAAUCUCAUGGCCAGCAAAAUCUGGACGCCCGACACGUUUUUCCACAACGGAAAGAAGUCAGUCGCCCAUAACAUGACCAUGCCUAACAAACUUCUGCGGAUCAAAGAGGAAGGAACUCUGCUUUACACCAUGAGGCUUACAGUCAGAGCUGAAUGUCCAAUGCACUUGGAGGACUUCCCGAUGGACGCCCAUGCUUGCCCUCUCAAAUACGGCAGCUAUGCCUACACGAGGGCUGAGGUGGUGUACGUUUGGACGCGAGGGGCGGCGCAGUCUGUGGUCGUGGCUGACGAUGGCUCCCGUCUCAACCAGUAUGACUUGAUGGGACAGACGGUCGACUCGGGUGUGGUGCAGUCCAGCACUGGAGAGUAUGUUGUGAUGAAAACACAUUUCCACCUCAAGAGGAAGAUCGGUUACUUUGUCAUCCAGACAUAUUUGCCGUGUAUCAUGACCGUGAUCCUGUCCCAGGUGUCCUUCUGGCUAAACAGGGAAUCUGUCCCUGCCAGAACUGUGUUUGGAGUGACCACUGUCCUUACCAUGACCACCCUGAGUAUCAGCGCGAGAAACUCUCUGCCCAAGGUGGCCUACGCUACAGCCAUGGACUGGUUCAUCGCCGUCUGCUACGCCUUUGUCUUCUCGGCUCUCAUUGAGUUUGCCACUGUAAACUACUUCACCAAGAGGGGGUACGCCUGGGACGGCAAAAGUGUGGUGCCCGAAAAGCAAAAGAAGAAGAAGGAGUCAUUGCUGAAAAAGAACAACACCUACACGGCUGCGACGGCGACGACGUUUGCUCCGAACAUUGCCAGAGACCCUGGUUUGGCAACUAUUGCUAAAAGUGCCCCCCCUCCACCAACCGAGCCCAAGGAAGAGCCAAAACCCAAACCCCCCGAGGCCAAGAAGACCUUCAACAGCGUGAGCAAGAUCGACAGGAUCGCCAGAAUAGCUUUCCCGCUGCUCUUCGGAACCUUUAACUUGGUGUAUUGGGCAACUUACUUGAAUAAAAAACCCAAAUUACAGGGCGCCCUGCAGCCACACUAAUUCUAUCUCCUCGGUUUUUCUCUUUUCUUUCUUAUGUUUCUAAACGAUAGCAACAAAAAAAUUGAAACAAAUCUCAAAUAUGUUUCAUUAAUAGUCAAGCUCCCACUUUCAAGUUUGUGUCAGCAUAUGUAACACACUGUAUAUACCUAGAUAACCAGAGGGACUGGAUUAUGUACAAACCACUGCACCUGGAAAGGAACUCAUACUUACUAUAUAUAUAUACAAUCCGACAGUAUAUCAGACCUGAGAAAAUGCUAUUCUGCAAAUGCACAUAGAAUUAUAGUUUAAUGCUUACGGAAUAGUAAACCCCCCCCAAAAAAGAAGUAAUGAUUCUGUCAUGAAAUACUCCCCCUCACAUUGUUCCAGUCCUGUAUGCUCUUGUAGAACACAAAAGGAGACACUUUGCUCUUCUCGAUGGCAGUUUAGCAGCUAUAUCACAUCUGUCACAAACAAAAGUUUCCACGCACUUUAUUCCACGUCUUCUGAAGUCCUGUUCCUCAUAUGAAUCUACCACAUAAACAUAUAGAUGAUGUAUGCAGUAUUUUUAGGGCGCUUUU